GUAGACCCCCCAAGAACCAAGGAAAGAAGAAGAAGAAGCGGAUAGCAGACUCCAGCAGUGAGGAUGAAGAUGAUAACAAGAAUAGUGAUGAUGAAGAGGAUGAUCUGUUGGACAGUGAUUCUGAUGACAGUGAGUCCUGGGAGCUUCCUGACGGAGUCCAGUACUAUGAUAAUGAGUGCAACGCCAAGAAGUGCCUUAAUCCAGAGGGGAAGCAGGUUGACUGGGUGAUGUGUGAUGACUGUGAGCAGUGGUAUCACGUGGUCUGUGUCAAGUGCCCUAUGGAGGUUGUGCUGAACGACGAUGCCCAGUUCCACUGUGGAUGCUGA